GAGUUGUAGUCGCUGGGGGCGCACACCGUCGGUAAGGAGACGUAGCUUUCCGUGGGGUCCGCAACUGCAGUUGGUUCCCGGCGGGAGCUACAGGGGAUGGAAGCUUCCUGGCGCCAGGUGGCCGGUGGCCGAGGCCGAGCCCGAGGACGGGCCACUGCAGCCCCCUCCUCAGGAAAUGGAGUCCAUCUCCGCGGCGCCGGGGGAGGGCGAGAAAAGGGGUCGGUGGGCGCCGUUCAUUCUGGCCCCAGCCCCGGAGGAGCCGCGACCACUGCGGCUGCAGGGAGCCGGCGCGGCCCCGCGGGACCCGAGGCGCUGCAGACUUCCGUAGCCAGCGAGCGAACGUCUCAGAGGAAAUUUGAGGAAAUCAAGAAGGCUAAUCAAGCUGCAGCCAAAAAACUUGUGGAAGAACACUUUAGCUCUUCAUCUGAAGAUGAAGGAGAUGAAGAUUUUGAAGGAAAACAGGGAAAAAUAGUUGCUAAUACAUUUAUAACAUAUACUACUCAGACAGAUGGAGAUAUACGUGAAUUAGAGCGAACAAAACAGUAUGUAAAUGAAGCUUUUCAAGCAGGGGCUAUGACAUGCCUAAUUUGUAUUGCUUCAGUGAAGAGAAACCAAGCAGUUUGGAGCUGUUCAGGAUGUUUCUGUAUAUUUCACAUGCCCUGUAUCCAGAAGUGGGCUAAAGAUAGCCAGUUUCUUGUGUCUUCUCCUUUGACAGACGAUGAUUUUGGAAAGAGAGAUUACCCCUGGCCUUGUCCAAAAUGUAGGUUUGAAUACAAACGAUCUGAAACACCUAGUAGGUACUAUUGCUAUUGUGGAAAAGUAGAAGAUCCACCUUUAGAUCCAUGGCUUGUGCCUCAUUCCUGUGGUCAAGUAUGUGAGAGAGAAUUUAAACCGCCUUGUGGUCAUAAGUGUUUACUUCUCUGUCAUCCAGGUCCAUGCCCUCCUUGUCCAAAGAUGGUCACAACUACUUGUUACUGUAAGAAAGCAAAACCUAUCCCUCGUAGGUGCAGUGCCAAGGAGUGGUCCUGUCAGCUGCCAUGUGGACGGAAGUUGCUUUGUGGGCAACAUAAAUGUGAAAAUCCUUGUCAUGCAGGAAGUUGUCAGCCCUGUCCAAGAGUUAGUAGACAAAGGUGUGUCUGUGGCAAAAAAGUAGCUGAAAGAAGUUGUGCAAGUCCACUGUGGCACUGUGAUCAAGUAUGUGGAAAAACACUGCCAUGUCGUAAUCAUACAUGUGAGCAAGUUUGCCAUGUUGGUGCUUGUGGAGAAUGUCCUCGAUCUGGGAAAAGGUUCUGUCCAUGUCAGAAGUCAAAGUUUUCUUUGCCUUGUACAGAAGAUGUACCAACUUGUGGAGACAGUUGUGACAAAGUACUUGAAUGUGGAAUCCAUAGAUGUUCUCAGCGUUGUCACCGAGGUCCUUGUGAAACUUGUAGACAAGAAGUGGAAAAGCAGUGUCGCUGUGGCAAACACACAAGACGAAUGCCAUGUCAUAAAACUUAUCUUUGUGAAACUAAGUGCGUUAAGAUGCGUGACUGUCAGAAGCAUCAAUGUAGGAGAAAGUGUUGCCCUGGAAACUGUCCACCUUGUGAUCAAAACUGUGGACGGACUUUAGGAUGUAGAAACCAUAAGUGUCCAUCUGUCUGCCACAGAGGCAGUUGCUAUCCCUGCCCAGAAACUGUAGAUGUGAAGUGUAAUUGUGGUAAUACAAAGGUGACAGUACCCUGUGGCCGAGAACGUACCACAAGACCACCCAAGUGCAAAGAGCUUUGCAGUCGACCAUCAACUUGUCAUCAUUCAAGUCAAGAAAAACAUCGCUGUCACUUUGGCUCCUGUCCACCAUGUCAUCAACCUUGCCAAAAAGUUUUGGAGAAAUGUGGUCACUUGUGUCCUGUUCCGUGUCAUGAUCAAGCAUUAAUAAAGCAGACUGGCAGGCACCAACCUACAGUCCCUUGGGAACAGCCUUCUGAGCCCACGUUUGUUCAGACUGCAUUACCCUGUCCUCCGUGUCUAGUUCCUAUUCCUAUGGAAUGUCUUGGGAAGCAUGAGGUGAGUCCACUACCAUGCCACGCUGUAGGACCCUACUCUUGUAAGAGAGUUUGUGGACGAACCUUAGAUUGUCAGAAUCAUACAUGCAUGAAAGAAUGCCACAAAGUAACUGAAGUGGAUGGUUGUACUGCCAAAAACAAGCUUCCUUGUGGUCAUAGAUGCAAAGAGAUGUGUCAUCCUGGUGAAUGUCCCUUUAAUUGCAACCAGAAGGUAAAACUUAGAUGUCCUUGUAAAAGAAUAAAAAAGGAAUUGCAAUGCAAUAAAGUGCGUGAAAAUCAGGUUUCAAUAGAAUGUGACACAACAUGCAAAGAAAUGAAGCGGAAAGCAUCUGAGAUAAAAGAAGCAGAAGCCAAAGCUGCUCUUGAAGAGGAAAAACGAAGACAACAGGCUGAACUGGAGGCUUUUGAAAACAGACUGAAGGGUCGUCGGAAGAAGAACAGGAAAAGAGAUGAAGUGGCAGUUGAGCUAUCGCUAUGGCAAAAAUAUAAAUAUUAUCUCCUUUCAGUGUGUGGAGUUUCGGUUGCAGUGUUUGCAUGGUACAUCACCUAUGAUAUGGAUUAAAAAAAGUUGUGAUCUCUUAAUAUACCUCAGAUUGGAUUUAGUUAAAUUGUUAACUUUGGAAUAUUAGAAAAUGUAGAUUGUAGAACAUGACAUAUAUUCAUACAUUCAUCUCUGUAUUCUCUUCCAGCUGUUGUUAGAAGGAUAGAAUGCUGAGCUUUAUCCUAAUUAGUAUAUUAGAAAGGGCAGUGUUACACUGUAUAAAGUAAAAGCAUGACAGAAAUUGUAAAAUAUUUCACAGGGCUUAGCUAGUAGCAGAGUAACAUGUUUGUUGUUCAUUGGGCUUCAUUUCGUUAACUUAGUUGUUUCAUUUAGUAUUUCAAAUCAACAAUUUUUUUUUUUUUUGUAAAAUUUAGAUGAAACUGAGCCAUAUGUGUAGUAAGAGGAAUAUUUCUCAAUGCUUUGGUUACCUAUUAAAGAGUACGUUUCUUGAUCAUGUAACUUUGUACUUUUUAAAAAAAGCGAUUCUCUAAAAGACCUCUUAAAUUGUAACAUGAAUCUAUAUAAUUAGAUUCCAGAAGUUGGUUUAUUAGUGAGGAUUUUCAUCAGUCACUGAAAUAAAUUUCAUGUGGUAUGUUUCCCAAGAAUGUAGUUGUUUUAAAUAAAUACCAGGUUAGAUUCCUCAUAUGUGGCUGUUUCUUGUGUAAGAAGCUUUUAACUGAAGUUGACAUGUUUUGUAAACUUGUGUCUUUCUAAGAUAAUAAUAAAAGGAAAACCAAUAUUUAUCAACAAUAUGUGCUGAGCACGAGGUUAUGAGCUUUAUGUACUUUAUUCUCAUUUCUCCUUACCACAAUGCUAAAUAGAUUUAAGCUGGAAAUAAUCAGUUCUUAUAAAAACAAACUGAUAUAGAAAUAUUAGUAAGUCAAAUCUCUCUGAAUUUUAAUUCAUUUUAAAUAGUUUUGCCAUGUUUUGUAUGAUUGUUUUAUUAAAAAUUUUU